AGCUAAAGGGGGCGGAAUGUCCAAGUUACGUUCAAGUUAGCCUUUUUUGAGUCAUUUCUUAUCCAUUUAGUUUGAUUUAACCAACUUUACGCCGGUAUUAGGAUUGCUGAACAUUUUCUCCACUUGUGUAGCAAGUUUCACAUGGAUACGCUACCAUCUGGCCUCUUAUUUUGAGACCUAAAUACCGCACUCCAGCUACCUGCUAACGCUUAGCUUGCCAUGCUAGCUCGUUGUGAAAUUCCUGGACAACAGCAUUCCUGCUCGGAUUAUUCAGCGAGAUUUCUGGAGGCUUGAGGCGGAAUUGAAGAAGAACGAGCAAGUGAGAUAAUAAAGGACAGGAUGAAUAUUCAGUACGAGGAUACGACAUUACCAGGGAGCUACGGCGUCGUGGGGUCGUUCCCCAAAAGUUUUGGUUAUGGAGUGGAGGUGCCAGACCUGGAGGACAGCCCGACAUCAGCUGAUAAACCCAGGAUCCUGCUGAUGGGGCUGAGGCGCAGCGGCAAGUCCUCCAUACAGAAGGUUGUUUUCCACAAGAUGUCACCCAAUGAGACUUUAUUCCUCGAAAGCACCAACAAAAUCUACAAAGAUGACAUCUCCGGCAGUUCCUUUGUCAACUUCCAGAUCUGGGACUUCCCCGGCCAGGUGGAUUUCUUCGACCCCACAUUUGACAGUGAGAUGAUCUUCAAGGGAACUGGUGCUUUGAUCUUUGUCAUCGACGCUCAGGAUGACUACAUGGAGGCUCUCAGCCGGUUACAUCUAACUGUAUCCAGAGCCUACAAAGUGAAUCCAGACAUCAACUUUGAGGUGUUCAUCCACAAAGUAGACGGUCUGUCAGACGACCACAAAAUCGAAACGCAGAGAGAUAUUCACCAGAGGGCCAACGAUGACCUGGCAGACGCCAGCCUGGAGAAGGUUCACCUGAGCUUCUACCUGACCAGCAUCUAUGACCACUCCAUAUUUGAGGCCUUCAGUAAAGUUGUCCAGAAGCUUAUUCCUCAGUUGCCGACACUGGAGAACCUUUUGAACAUUUUCAUAUCUCACUCCGGGAUUGAAAAGGCCUUCCUAUUCGAUGUCAGUAGCAAGAUUUACAUAGCCACAGACAGCGCUCCCGUGGACAUGCAGUCCUACGAACUCUGCUGUGACAUGAUCGACGUGGUCCUCGACAUCUCCUGCAUUUACGGGCUGGAGGAUGGCAGCGGCUCCGCCUAUGAUGAGGAGUCUUUGGCGAUCAUCAAGCUCAAUAACACCACAGUGCUUUAUUUGAAAGAGGUCACGAAGUUCCUCGCGCUCGUCUGCAUCCUCAGAGAGGAGAGCUUUGAGAGGAAAGGUUUGAUAGAGUACAAUUUUCACUGUUUCCGAAAAGCCAUUCACGAAGUGUUUGAAGUCGGCAGUUUGAGCGACGGUGCCGCCUGGAGACCAGCGAGCUCGUCCAGCAACAGGCAACCAGGCCUUAAAUAUGCUUCUCUGAAUGGAAGUGCUGUUUAGAGGGGCUGUAAGCGGUUUACAUGAAGUCCAGUGAGGCUGAUGAACGAUGACUCUUUCGUUUCACAGAGCUGAAACCAGCCUUUAGGCUAAGUCUUAUCUAUACGUGGUUCCUCCAUCAAACGCGAGAGUUUUUCUGUUGUGCCAGCAAGAUUGUGAAAAAACUACUCGGCUGAAUGUAACGAAAUUUGGUGGAGAGGCCGAACGAGGGCAAAGGAUGUAGAGGUUUUACUUUGAAUCUGAAUAAUUUUCUGGAAAACUGAGAUAACGCAUUGGCCGUGAUUGAGAAUGCGCUCUGCCCAGUGCCAGAAAUACUGUCGCGUACGAAUCGUAUUUUUUCUCUGCCAUCCUGCACAAAUGUUCAAAUAUUCAGUCAACUGUGUUUACCUUCUCGGCCAGUACUCUGGAACCUAGAAACACUUGUGGCCCAGUUUAAGUAGAAGUGCUCUAAAGCCAUCUGAAAGUGUAUUUCCUCCACAUCCCGCAGGAGCACACACUCCUUCCAUGUUCCUGCUGGUUUUGCAGUGAAAUCUUGAAUUCUUUAAGUAAUCCUUAAGUUUAGGGGGGGGAAAUACUCCUGUGCCUGUGUAGCACCAUGUUCAUUCUUCUGUGUGUGUUUCCUUGAUAAUGACAUGUGAUGGAUCUCCUCCAAUCAAAACUGUGCCAGUUACACCAUCGCAGCCUCGGGUGAUUAACAGAGAGGGUGAUAGUGUUUUGGUCUUAAUGGAGUCUGGGACUAACUUACGAUGAUUUCACUCGGACAGCCUGCCAAACCUUUGGAGUUUUGUAGCUUGAUGAGCGUGUAGGCCAAACUGUGUUUGUAGCAGAUGUUUAGGUCUUCUGUGUGAGCGCUGAGUGGGACCUGAAUGAUGUUUCAGAGGCCAUGCAGAUGUGUUUUCAUUACUGUACG